GUGGACUCCGACCUUCAUCGACACAUCUUAAAACCAAACCUGGAUUUACCUCCCCUUAUCGGCCGCCAUUUUGGUUACAGAAUAGCCACCUUCACACGAUUAUAGCAACGUUGGUGCCGAAAACCAAAGUUACCUUCAAGCGAGAGUACGUGGAUCUAGAUGACGGAGGUGUGGUUGCCUUGGACUGGGCACAGGGUGGCUCGGAACCUGUUUCAGACACAAGUACAAUUGUUAUAGUGGUGCCUGGUUUGACGGCCAGCGCUGAAGACAUGAGCGAACUGUGCAGCAUGGCGUUAAAGCGAGGUUACCGAGUUGUGGUAUUCAACAAACGUGGACACGGGGAUUCAGUACUGGCGACACCUAGAAUGCAAGGGUUUGGCGAUCCUAAGGACAUGAGGCACUGUGUGAAAUAUUUACGCCACAAGAAUCCGGCAGCAAAGCUUGUAGCUGUAGGCUCCAGUGCAGGGUCGGGACUUCUUGCCUCCUAUCUAGGUGAAUACGGAGCUGACUGUAUUAUAUCAACCUGUGUGGCCAUAUGUCCAGCAUUCGAUGCCUUGGACCUGUUUACAAAACCCUUAAACUUCAUCUACCAAUUUCUACUUCUUUCGUCUGUAAAGAAAAUCUUGAAGAAACAUUCCAAGGUGUUAUCGCCAUUACUUGAUCUUGAAGCGGCCUACAACGCAAAAUGUUUCAUGGAUUUCGACACCCAAGUCUAUUGCAAAUUCUACGGGUAUAAAGACGUCUUUGAGUACUGGAAGCAUAACGAUCCAAUGAGAAAUAUUCUCAAUGUCUCGGUACCAUUUAUGUGUAUAAAUACCGGGGACGAUCCCAUUUCCCUCGCCAGGAAUGUACCAGUCGCCAUGUUUAAGGAGAAUUCGAAUUGGUUACUGGUGAUGACGACCAAGGGAGGUCACUGCGGUUUGCUUGAAGAAUCCACACUGGCGCCUUGGGCUGACCGACUGGCUCUUGAUUACAUCGACGCUGUGCUGGAGUUCAAAGGAGCUGACGAAUAAUCAUGGGGGAUCAAUCUGGACUUCGAAAACGUCGAAAUUUGAUUCAGUUCAAUUUAUUUAAAUAUUCUUGUUGCAUUUGAUUUUAAAAUGUUUUAAACAGCUUGCAACAUUGAAUGUGGUUCUGUUUAAUUUGAUAUUUAUUUUACGUUUAUGUUUUCACGAGCCCAAAAUACAACGAUGUUCACUUCCGACUCAGAGUGUCCUAAAGGACGGGUGCUAGAAUGGGUGGGUCUUGUUCCGGACCAGAGUGUCCUAAAGGACGGGUGCUCGAAUGGGUGGGUCUUGUUCCGGACCAGAGUGUCCUAAAGGACGGGUGCUCGAAUGGGUGGGUCUUGUUCCGGACCAGUAGGUCCUACAGGACGGUUGCUAGAAUGGGUGGGUCUUGUUCCGGUACAGAGUGUCCCAAAGGACGGGUGCUAGAAUGGGUGGAUCUUGUUCCGGACCAGUAGGUCCUAAAGGACGGGUGCUAGAAUGGGUGGGUCUUGUUCCGGUAUAGAGCGUCCUAAAAGACGGGUGCUAGAAGGGGUGGAUCUUGUUCCGGACCAGUAGGUCCUAAGGGACGGGUGCUAGAAUGGGUGGAUGUUGUUCCGGAACAGUAGGUCCUAAAAGACGGGUUCUAGAAUGAGUGGGUCUUGUUCUGGUACAGAGUGUCGGGUGCUAGAAUAGGUGGAUCUUGUUCCGGACCAGUAGGUCCUAAAGGACGGGUGCUAGAAUGGUCGGGUCUUGUUCCGGUACAGAGUGUCCUAAAGGACGGGUGCUGGAAUGGGUGGAUCUUGUUCCGGUACAGAGUGUCCUAAAGGACGGGUGCAAGAAUGGGUGGAUCUUGUUCCGGUACAGAGUGUCCUAAAGGACGAGUGCUAGAAUGGGUGGGUCUUGUGUUGCACGACUGCGCUGAACGAAGUUACCGAUUUUGUACUGACGUGUGAGGUUUUUUGUUGCUGUGAUAAUUUAAUAUGCAACCUCAUGAUUUGUUAUGAUUAUACCAUUUUAAAGAAUUACACGCGGAUUUCCACAGUGUACCUACUGUUUGCUUUUUCAUGUUCCCUCUCAAUAAACACGAAAAUGUUAGAA